CAGCAUAAACAAAAACGUUUGGCGCCUUUUCUAGAUACAAAAUUCCCGGCGGAUGCCACCGCUACUACCACGUGAACACAACAGCAGUCCAAUCAGCUGGUAAAUCAUAAAACCGCCCGCCCGCCUCUGUCUAUUUACUCUUCCGUUGUUUUAAAUUAGGCUUUUAUGUGCAAUGUUUAUAACUUUUCGAUUACAUUUCUUUAACGAAUUGUGAAGUUAGUGUUAAUAUCACGAUAUUGUGUUACAAUUAAAAUAACAGAAUAAUUUCAUUUGAUUUUUCUGACCUUCGAAGUUAACCCAAAACUAAUGUCGCCAUUUUGACCAUACAAAUCGAGUUUAGUAGGUAUUGUUAUUUUGUUUGGUCAUCAACAAAUGUUUAAAUGUUACAUUAGUGAAUUACGUAAAUGGACCUACAUUUACGAAGAAUACGGAGAAAAUGUCUCAGACGAAUAGUACUGUAAAUUUUCUUAUACAUGACGCUAAUGGGCAUCCUCAGAUGGUAAAAGUUGUUCAAAAUACUAAUAAUCAGUCUCUUGCUCAACUAAAAAUUAAACCUAAUCCCGUCAAAAUUAUUAAACUGCCAGCAUCAGCUGAGGGAAUCAAUAAGACAUCAGUGUACCGGGCAGUAAAGUUGACUGGAAUCAAAUGUGCAUCAAAGUUUUUACAAGUUGACAAUUUACCUAACUUACAAGCUAUUAAGGUUGAACCUAAGGACCCUGAGGAAGAAAAUCAGGCACAACCAGAACCAUUGUCAGAACUGAAAUAUAUACAGGCAGUGCCUGACCUAAGUUCUAUUCCAACAAAGUCUGAUAAUUUAGUAACAAGCACUGGUAAUAGCUUGUCUCCUGCCAUGUCUCAUGCUUCAAGAAGGAGACAUGAUUCUGAUAAUGAUCCUCCAGCAGAGUACACCACAAAGAGACGUAAGCAUGCAGACAAAGUUGGCAAGGGCUUAAGGCAUUUUUCAAUGAAAGUUUGUGAAAAGGUCAGAAAUAAAGGGUUCACUUCAUAUAAUGAAGUUGCAGAUGAAUUAGUGCUUGAAUUUGCAGCAGGGAUGCAUGGUUCAGCAGAUAGCCAACAAUAUGAUCAAAAGAACAUACGCAGAAGAGUUUAUGAUGCAUUAAAUGUUUUAAUGGCAAUGAAUAUAAUAUCUAAAGAAAAGAAAGAAAUAAGAUGGCUUGGAUUACCUACAAAUAGUGUACAAGAAUGUACCGCAUUGGAGAAAGAAAAACAGUCUAAAUUAGAGCAAAUACAAAAAAAGACACAACAAUUACAAGAACUUAUAUUGCAGCACAUUUCAUUUAAGAGUUUAAUAGAGAGAAAUAAAGAAGCUGAGAGCAAAGGAGUUAAGCCAUCUCCUUCGUCAGCUAUCCAUUUGCCAUUCAUUGUUGUGAAUACUAGUGAUAAGGCUUUAAUUGACUGCAGUAUUUCUAAUGAUAAGACAGAAUACAUGUUUAACUUCAACAAACGGUUCCAAAUACAUGAUGACAUUGAUAUUUUAAAAAGAAUGGGUUUGCUAUUUGGUUUAGAUAAAGGUGAAUGUUCAGAAGAAGACAUAGAGAGAGCGAAAAGUAUGGUUCCAAAAUCUUUAAAAACAUAUGUGGAACAAAUGGGCAGAGGAGUAAUUACAAAAUUGUCCACAAUGCUGGAAGACGGUGACCUCGACGACGAAGGUGGCGAAGAAGACGAUGCGAUUGAAGGAGAGGCGGAAGGAGAGGAGGAACAAGAAGAAGCGGAGGGUAAUGAAUACAGCGACGACAGCAGCGAUGUUGACGUGUAGCGGGCCAUGCGUCGUAAACGCCAUGCUGCACCUUAAUAACUAUUUUGUUUAUAUUAACUAGGUGUUACUGUUGCAUGUGGGCUAAGUUUAUGUAAAAUGCCACACAGUUCAAACAUUAUAUUAGCUUAAAACAUAUUUUGACACAAUGUAAUAAUUUAAUAUUAUAUUUAAAACAAUUCCAAUAAUGCAAAUUCGAUUUAUAUAGUAUAUUUUUUCGUUAUUCUUUGAUUGCUGUAUAAUCACUUAACACUAUUUGUGUACUUUAGAUCUAUUCAUAUAUCGAAAACAGUAUUAGAUGAUGAUUAGGAAUUCUGGGAUAUGAAACUUAAUUUCUCUUUUCAGUUUUUCUAGUCUCAAUUUGUGUAUGAUCUCGAGUGCAUCAAAAAUGUACAUCUAAACACUUGUUUUUGUAAAAAUGUUUUUAUUAAAGAAAAUGUAUACGUGCAUUGGGCAUGUGUCUGUGUAUUUUCACUCUUUUAUCAGAUUGACGACUUUUGUUCAUUAAUUAUAAUAGUGGAUGGUCUGUGUAUGUGAAACCAAUUAUAGUGAAGAGAUAUGGACAACAAUUGUUCUGUUAUUUCUAAGAGAUUUUUAUUUAAAAUGGAAUUGUUUUAAUGAUAAGUGAAAUAAAUGUCAAUAAAAAUAUAAAUGUUUUAUUUUA